AUGACGCAGACGGAACUCCUGCAGGAACUGGCGAACGAGUGUCGUUACGACAAGAUGGUCCGACCGCCUGGCGUGGUGAACGAGACGGACCCGAUUAAAAUUUACACCAGAGCCUUUAUCUACACGAUAAAGUCCAACAUGGCCAAAACUCUGCAAUUCGACGUGCACCUGAUGAUGCAGUUCCGGUAUCUGGACAAGAGAUUGAAAUUCGCCGACAUAGCUCCUUACAUGAAUCAGAUAUACGGCGGUCAGAACGCGCACGAGCUGAUCUGGACGCCCACCGUGUACGUCGCGAACGACCGCAAGUCGGCCGUUAUGGGAAACACCGUCAAGGAUCUGCUCAUCUCCAUCAGCCCGUACGGAAUGGUCAUUCUGAACACGAGAUUGGAAGCCACCAUGAACUGCGGACUCCGAUUGGAAAAGUUUCCGUUCGACGUCCAAGAGUGUCCGCUGGUGUUCGAGAGCUGGAUUCACAACGUGAACGAUAUGGUGCUGGAAUGGGACGACGAUCCGAUCGUAAUUGCGAGCAAUUUGUAUCUGACGGAGUACAAGCUCGUGGACACGUGGGUGAAUCGUUCCGGAGUGUCCUACACCUCGUCCCCGUAUCAUUACGGACAUUUCGCCGGCAACUUCAGCUCGAUAAACAUCACGUUCAAAUUGGCCCGCGAAAUGGGAUUCUUUAUGAUGGACUAUUACGUGCCGUCCAUAUUAAUUGUGGUCGUUUCCUGGGUGUCCUUCUGGCUGCAUCAGGACGCGAGCGCGCCGCGGAUAAUGUUGGGAACAAACACCAUCCUGGCGUUUAUGACGCUCGCGUCGAAAGUGGAAAAUUCCCUGCCGAAGGUCUCUUACAUAAAAGCGAGCGAGAUUUGGUUCUUGGGCUGCACGAUAUUCUUGUUCUCGGCGAUGGUCGAGUUCGCCUUCGUGAAUAUUAUCUACAGACGAACAAAGAACGUACCGCUGAAAAAAGUCAACAGCAAGUACAUUCUCAAGUCGACGUUGACGCCGCGACUGGCGAGGAAGCAGUUUCAGAAAAAUACAACCGGAAUGGAACGAUCGCGAUCGUGGUCGUCGCUGGACAACGCGAACACCAACAGCGAGCAGGACUUCUCAAGUCAGAAUUAUCUCACUCUGCAUAGUUUUCCCAGCACAAUCAACAUCCCGUCGGUGAGAAUAGAGGAAGAUAAGGAUCCGAUCGGUAGCGUGACCAGCAUCGACAGCAACCCUCCGCCAAAGUCAAUCUCACGCAGGCCAACUCUUGCCAAGCUGCACAAUUUCACGACGAUGACACCGAAAGAGAUCGCGCUGUGGAUCGACAAACGCAGCAGGAUAGUGUUUCCCGUGUGUUUCAUCAUCUUCAACGUUCUCUACUGGUCCUUCAUAUGGAUCUAA